AUGAUUUUUGGAAAGAAAUUGAUAAAAGUGAAUGGCUUUUACAUAUUAGUUCUAUUAUUGAAGGAUCAAAGAGAAAUAUCAGAAUCUCUUUAUAAUGAUGAUCAUGUAGUUGUGCAUUGUUCAGAUGGAUGGGAUAGAACUAUUUAACUUUUAUGUAUUUCUUAAUUAUUAUUAGAACCUUACUAUAGAACAAUUGAAGGAUUUAUUUCCCUUAUUGAAAAAGAAUGGAUUGGGUUCGGACAUUAAUUUGUUCUUAGGUAUGGGCAUGGUUCAAAAAAUCAUUAAGAUGAAAACAGGUCGCCUAUAUUUAUUUAAUUUCUUGAUUGUGUACAUUAGCUUUUGAAAUAAUAUCCUCUUUCAUUUUAAUUUAAUCAAAGGUUAUUGACUGAUUUAGCAUAUCAUUUAUUUAGUUGUUUAUAUGGAAAUUUUCUUAAUAAUUGUUAUUAGGAAUAAUUAUAUAAUUCUACUAAUGAAAAAACUUUAAGCUUUUGGGGAAUCGUAAUCGAAUAAAGAGAAAUUUAUGAAAAUCCGUUUUAUUAAGAUGAUAAAAAUAAUUGUUUGCUUUAUUUAUAACCGAAUAGUUCUUUAAAAGCUUUGAGAUUUUGGAAAGAAUAUUUUUUAUAAUAUUAAUUAGGACUUGAAGAUUAGUAUAAGUUAUUUGAAGAUUGUAAAUUUAGUGAGUAAUUAUAUUUUAUUAUUAUUAUUUAUUGA